CCGGCCGGCGGAACCCAAACGCUGGACCGAGAGCGCCCGGACGGCGGCUGACAGACUCAGGUUACCAUGGCAUCGCGGAGGGACAAAAGGCUGCUAGGGGCCAGCGUUCCAGCAGUUGCUGACAUGAUGCCCCCACCCUCAGAGCAGGACCUGAACGCCCUGCUGGCUCGCAAGGAGGAGGAGUGGCGAGCGCUGCAGGCCCAGCGCACCCAAAUGCAGGAGGCGGCCCUGCAGGACACACAGCGCCGACUGGAGGAGGCUCAGGGGAAGCUGCGGCGCCUGCGGGAGGACUUCAUCUACAACCUGCAGGUGCUAGAGGAGCGCGACAGGGAGCUGGAGCGCUACGACGCCGCAUUUGCCCAGGCCCGAGGGCUGGAGGAGGCCAGGCAGGCCGAGGUGAGCGAGCUCAAGAUCGAGGUAGCCAAGCUGAAGCAGGCGCUGGCCAGCGAGGCCCAGCGGCUGGAGGACCUGCAGCAGCAGUACCAGCAGAGGCUGCAGGAACACCGCCUGGAGCUGGAGCGGGUCCACAGUGACAGGAACAAUGAGCUGGAUCAGCAGCGGGAGCAGUAUGGGAACCUGAAGUGGAAGCUGGAGAGGAGGCUCAAGGAGCUGGACGGCGAACUUGGCCUGCAGCGGCAGGAGCUGCUCCAGGAGUUUGAGUCUGAAAUGCAGAAGCGGGAGCACGAGUUCCGCCUGCGGGCCGAUAGCAUGAGCAGUGUUGUCCUGGCGCACGAACUCAAGAUUAAACUGCUGAACAAAGAGCUUGCGGCCCUGAGAGAGGCCGGGGCGAAGGCUGCGGAGUCCCUGCAGGGUGCCGAGGUGGCGAAUGCGGAGCUGGAAGACAGGCUGCAGCGAAGAGACUGGGAGCUCCGAGACCUGGUGGCCGUGAAGGACGCCCGGAUAAAAGACUUAGAGGGUAAACUUCACUCUGUGCAGCUCACCAGGAAAAAAGAAGAGGAGACUUUUCGGAGGAAGCAUGAGGAGCUGGACCAUCUGGCCAGGGAAAGGGACGCUGUGCUGAUGGCAGCAAAGAGCGCUCACGUGGAGCAGCUGCAGGCAGCGGAGGCCAGGGCCCUGGAGCUGCAGGCGCGUUGUGAGAACCUCGAAGUACAGCUCCGCAGGGCCGAGUGGAAGCAGGUGGAUGCCACCAAGGAGAAGGACGCCGCCAUUGACAAACUUCGGAAAGAUGCAUCAGCUCUCAAGUCUAGCUGGGAUGCCCAGAUUGCUCAGCUAUCUAAGGAGAUGAUCUCCAAAGACCUUCAGGUUCAGUCACUGCAGGAAGAGGAGAUGAAGCUGAAGGCACAGCUGACCAGAUGCCAGCAGGAUAUUGGAAGGUACAAACAGCAGCUGUCUCUAGCAGUAGAGAGGGAGCGGAGCCUGGAGCGUGACAAGGUGCAGCUAGAGCUGGACUGGCAGCGCCGCUGCGAAGGUGUCGAGCGGGAGCAGUACCAGCAGGCCGAGGACUUGAUUCAGGGCCUGACAGCAGCCAGAGACCAGGUUGUUGCCAAGCUCCAGGAGACGGAGCGACGACUGUGUGACCGAGAGGUGGUGCUGAAGGCUGUGACCCGAGAGAGAGACCAGGCCCUGCAGGCUCUGCGGACACGUGGGCUGCUCCCUGAGGAGGAGGCUCAGAGGCCUCUAAGCUAUCAAGGAGAAGAAAUCAAUAAAAGUUUUCCAUCUAGUGAGAUCCAGCAGCUAAAAGAGCAGAACACAAAUUUGCGAAAUGUUAUUGCACAAAUGAGGAAAGAAAUGGAAGCUCUAAGUGACCAAAUUCUUCCUUCUGCCCGGUUAGGAGGGGAGACCUCACAAACAAACCAGCCUGACCCAAAGGCAGCAGCAGAUUCUGCGGUUCCUGGUUACGUUCUGGCCCUUGAAGCAGAAAUGCAAAAUCUAAAGCAUAAAUUUAAAACACUGGAGGAACAACUAGAUGUGUUAGAUCCUUCGAAGGCAUCCUUGUCCUGUGCUUGCGCUCAACCCAGUGUCCUGGCCUCCACAGAUACCACCGGAGGAGCUGUGCCAGUCGAUAGAGCGUCCAUGGGACUGGCACUCAGAAGGCUUGGGGACAGAGCGCAUCUCCUGAGCUUCCUGGUGGCACGACUGAGACAGAAGGUGCUGCAGGAACCCCUGGACGUGGAUACCAUCCAGCGAGAGCUUCCCCACGAGCUGGACCAGGUGCACCUGGAGGCUCUGCAGCUGCAGAAGCAGGUGGCUGAGCUGGAGAAGCAUCUCGGGUCAGCUCGGAAGGAAAGUGGGGGCGCUGCCAGCAGGCAGCAACCAAAGGCCUCAGAUACUGCAGCUGUUGGAGGAGAGGUUCCUGCAGACGGGGGACCCGCGGGGACAGAGGACCAUGGGACGCAGCCCCUGCAGGUCCUGUCUGUGCCCCGACUCCAGAGGAAGCUCAAGGAGGCUGCCAGGAAGAUCCUGCGGCUCCGCCUGGAGAAGGAGCAGCUCCUGGAGCUGGGAAACCGGCUGCGAGCAGAGCUGGGGCACCUCACUGCUCACCUACUUUAGGAGCAAGGUCCCUGACUUGCAUUUCCUGUUGGAGGCAGAGUGCCCCAGUGUGGCUGUAAAGAGCUCAGAGCAACAGGGUAUCCACAAAAUGCUUCUGUCGGCUAACAAGAGCCCCGGCUUCCCUCCGAGGUCCUUCUCACCCCCAACCACUGCAGUGUCCAAAAAGCACUUCCCACUGAAGGGGAGGAGACGGAACAGAACAUCCACCCUGGUCUCUCCCCAGCACAUACCUGCAUGAACGAGAAUAGUUGUUUUGAAUACAUUAAUAUUUAGCCUUAAUAUGUUGACUCCUGAAAUUACCAAGUGAUUGAAAGUGGGACUCGGGAGCACAAAGGGGACUGCGGAACUGAAGGGAGAGGGUGUGGGAGACCCUGGAAAAUCUAAGGAGGAACAGACAAGUCACUUGUGUUUUCAGCAGACAUCUUUUUGAGUGGCUGCUAUGUGCCAGGCGCCCGAGACACAGAGGUCAACCAAACCGUCCGUGUAAAAUGAUCCCCAGUUGUACUUGGAGACCGCUGUACACAUCCACCUUUUGUGGGCAGGGGACCUGGGCGAGACUUCCCUCAGAGGCUUUGUCCUUCUAAGAACCCACCCCUGAAAGAAGAAGGGUGAGCAGCGCUCAGAGUAUUUCUAGAUGUCAUCAGUGUGCGAGCAGCAACUGUGGGCAUCUUUCACGGGAGCUGGCUCCUUCCCUUGGGACCCGUUUGACAAAGCCCUCCUUCCGUUCAGUCCUCCUUCUGUUCCACAAGUUGAAGGGGAAGGUUUGGCUUUGCUUGUUCCUUAGGGGCACUUCUGGGCCAUCUUCUGCCAAGUUCACUAAAAACCCUGUUUUUACUUUUAAGGGUCAUGCCGUGUAUGUGCUUCUUGUCCCACACGCCUGUCGUUUCAUGGCCUUCAUUCACUUACAGCUCCAUUUCUUAAUUCCACUGCAUUCCCUCCCACAUCUGAACCUUGCUUCUCCUUGACCUUGGCCUCUGUUCCAAGCCCUGCCACUGCUCAGUUGCCUUCCCAGCCCCCAAGGGUUCCAGAGGGAGGCACAGCCAUGCCUCCCUCCCCCUCUGACCUUUUAUUCCAGUGAACCUGUCUUUCCCCUCAUGGUGAAUUCCUAGUCUAAUCAGCUGGCCUCACAGCCACCAAGUAUGUGAGUGAGUCAUCCACCUACCUCUCUAUCCAGCAUCCACUCACUGACACACUCACACAUCUCUCAACCCAUCUACCCCGCAUCCAUCCAUCUGGCCAUCCAUCCAACAAAGGAGCAGAUCCUCCAUUGCCGGGCCUGCCCUCCUGUGCCUCCCAGUGUCAGAGAAAGCUACACGUUCCUCGUGGCCAAGUUUGCAGCCUUCUCUGAAAGUUAGAGAGACCUCAGCAGUAGAGCCUUCCAUGCCUGGUGUUUUCAUUAGUGGUAGACUUUUAGUAAUAUCUUCUGUUUUUCUUCUCUGGUGAUCUGUCUGUAUGGAUUUUCUGCCUCUUCUUGGAUCAAUUCUGGACAUGUGCAUUUUGCUGGCAAUCUCUCCAAAGUCCCUAGUCUUUCAAGUACUACCAUAGAGCAGCACAUAGUGGCCUGUAACUGUUUUCGUCUGCAUCUCUGGUUAUCACUCUUUCAUUUCCUAAGACUUCAGUAUGUGCAGGGAUAUGGGAUUCUGCUCCAACUGCCCUUCCCCCGUUGGCCGUGCACACACUGGCUCAGUUCACCUUUGCAUGAGGAAGGCUUCCCUAAAUAAUGGUAAAAAAAAAAAAGUCUAAAACCACCUAGAGGUGGGAAAGGCAAAAAUCAACAGAGUUGAUGUCGUCACAUCCUAAAACAUCUGUAAGGAAAAGACAUCAUACACAAAGAUAAAAGACAAAUAACAGAUGGGAGAAAUAUUUGCAGCAUACCUGACAGAUAAAAAAGAAUCAGUACCCAACAUGGGCAUUCACUGAUGACAGGCAAAGUGCCGGACGGAGCGUCCAGGAGGAAUCCCCAGAUGUGACAAGGGUGUGGAUGCCACUUGCCUCUGCAGGAGUCUGAAGAGGGCAAGUAAGUCAGCGUUGAGUUCACGCCCAGACUAAAAAGUCCCAUCUCAGGAGCUGUCAUUGGUGAAGCCUCUCUAAGGGCAGUUUGCCUGCAUCUCACAACUUUUUAAAUUAUCAUACCCAUUGAAUACGCAAAUCUUCCCCUAGAGAUCUUUUAAAAAUAUUUUCUCACAAAUCUGAAAAAGAUGCAUAUGUAAGGCUGUUUGGCAGUGUUUUUUGUUACAGUAAGAAAGCAAUUAGGAAGGUCUAGGGGUCCAUCUUUGGGACAUUGGAAUCGGACCGUGGAUGCUACUUUAACCCUCAAGGGCAUGUGGGGUGGACUUCCCUGCUGGUCUCGUCCCCCUGCCGAUAUGGGGGGCAUGGAUUCAAUCCCUGGUCCGGGAAGACUUCACAUGCCACGAGGCAUCUAAGCCCCUGCCACACAGCUCUUGAACCCACACUCUGGAGCCCAUGAACUGCAACUUCUGAGCCCAUACACCGUAACUGCUGAAGCCCGUGCAUCCUAGAGCCUGUGUGCGCAACAAGAGAACCACUGCAGUAAGCCUGCACCUUGCAAAAAGAGAAAGUCCACUCACAGCUACCAAGACCCAGCACAGCCAAAAAUAAGUAAGCACAUUUUUAAAAAGAGAGCGUGUGGGCCGCUUGCAUGCCCACGGGUCUCCUGCAUCCCCAUCAGGCACCAUCUCUGCACAGCACUUCUCAAACAAGAGAGACAGCCCGUUUUCCCCCUUCAGCUCCAGUCCACUGUGGAUAAUUAUUUUGUCAGGUACAAUAAAAUGUGGCCUUUCCAAACGACUUCAAAACUCCUCACUUUGUGUUGUUUCCUCGUGGGCUUGGACACUCUUUGGACCAGGCUCAGCAUGCUGACUACAUGAUGUGUGUGCCAGCCCAGACACGUCAGCCUAUGAGAAGAGCAGCCCGCAGAACAGUGUGCUCUGAGGCCCAAGUGAACAUACACAGAGCAUGUGCACGCAUGCACACAGAGGGCAGGCUGGCAGGAAGCACCUCCAUCCUAACACUUUGAGGAGGACAGUAGAUGAGAGGAGAGGGGUGAGCGGUUUGCUCUGUGAACUUGUGCAUAAUGGUGGUUUGUAAAGAAUGCCCAGCACAGGGCUUCCCUGGUGGUCCAAUGGUUAAGAAUCCGCCUUGCAAGGUUUGAUCCCAGUCUGGGAGGAUCCCACAUUCCCCGGGGCAACUAAGCCCAUGUACCGCAACUUC